AUGUUCUCCAUGAGCCCUGUCGCAAAAGAAAUCCAGAAGCGAGAAGCUGAUGCUUGGCGCCAUGGGCCUGCUCACAUACCCAGUCCCGCACAUGUACAGUUCAAGCCUUUGGCACCUGGAAAGGAUCUAGACUCUAUGAACCGAAUCAUGCUCAAGUCGUUGGAGGAGAGCAUGGAAGAGUGGGUCCCCCGAGGCUCAGAAUCCCGCAGGACGCCGCUCUUUGAAUGGGUCAAAGAGGUCCUUGUUGUUCCCACCACCAACGGGGUUUACGGUCCUCAAAACCCAUAUCAGGACAGUGCUGCUCGGAAAGAUUACUGGUAUGUCUCCACCAUCGCUAAGUGCUACGGCAUGGUUCUAAUUCAUACCAGGACCUUCUUCGAUGGACUGCCUCUAUUGAUCAAAGUAGGACGUUUCUUCAUGAAGGACAGUGUCGCAGCUAUUGACUCGCUGGGUCUCGCUUGGCAGAAACACAUCCAACAAGGCGGCCACCUGAAACACUCGGGUUUCAUUCAAAAGAUGGACGAGUACUACACGGGCCUAGGCUACCCAAUCGCGGAUUACUCGCAGCUCAUUGUUGGCACAGCUGUGGCAGUACUUGGCAACACCUUACCUUCCGCAUUUUGGUUCAUCCUACACCUCUAUGCGGAUCGCAAAGUAUACGAAGCGUGCCGCGAAGAAAUCCUUGAACAAGUCGUGCAUAGCAAGGACGAAGACGGCAACUCCAUUCGAACAGUCGACAUAACUGCACUCAAGACCCAGUGUCCGCUGUUCCACUCCGCUUUCAAGGAAGUCCUCCGCUUGGAAGCAGUGGGUACCGGCGUGCGAGGAGUGGAAGAAGACCACAUGCUCGAUGGCAAAUACCUCCUGCGGAAGGACGCUCUCGUCUUCAUGCCUUUGGCGUCUCAGCACUUUGACCACGAGCGCUGGGGUGCGGAUGCAGAAGAGUAUUGUUACAAUCGCUUCACAGACAAGACCCGGCCGCGGGUAAGCAACGUCUCUUUUCGCUCGUUUGGUGGAGGCACCACGUUAUGCCCUGGUCGUCACUUCGCAACGACAGAGCUGCUUGCAUUUGCAGCGAUGCUGUUGCUGAGGUUCGACAUCGUGCCGAAAGAUGGCAAAUGGGUUAUCCCAACCUCGCUGAAUGCUGAAAUGACCACAAACAUGCCGGCGCCUGACUUCGACGUCGAUGUUGAGAUACGAAGGAGGUCAAAUGACGAAGAUGUCAAGUGGGUGUGGAGGUUGAGUGAGAGCGAACAUUCGGUAAUGCUCGGCGACGAGGACGAGCAUGGCAACUUAAAGGCUUGA